AUGAACUUGAGAAUUUUAAGAUGGGAAAUUUGCAGAAAACAAUGUUUACCGGUGAGAGAGGAGGAGGUGAAGGGGACCGGUUUAGGUCUGAAGCUGAGUACAGGGGAAGACAAAUAGACUCACUCUACUCUAAUGUACAGUCCGUGAGGUUGAGAGAGGAAGCGAAACCUAGCCAUGAGUUGAUGCUUCGUUCCAUAAACUUCCACGGUCAGCAGCUCGGCAGCUUCAUGAAGGAAGUUUCAAGAACCCUAGAUUUAAAGAAUGUUGAUUAUCAACUAUAUCACCAGAGAUCUAAGGAGUUGAAACUUGAGGAUCGAGGGAAACGAUUGCUUCUCCACAGGUUUAUCGCCCAGAAAAGUGAUGUUAUUUUCCAACCUGGAAAAGGACUACGCACCAACCGUCGCACACUUGACAACGCGCACACAGAUGAUCAUGCCGCGCUCCUGCCUCCUCUCGAGAUAUUUGCAAAUAUCGGCCAGGACGACCGUUCUAAGCGAUUUUUUGAUAUUUUGCAAACCGGAGACACUUUGUUCUGCAGAAUACAACAGAAGAAAAGUACAGGGCUCGUUCUGAAUGUAAUAUGUUUGGACCCUCUCACUGGGAAAUCAAGGUAUAUUGAAGAUAUCCGUGUGCGAGGUUUCUGUCCUUCUGCUGAGAUGGUUCCAGCCAAUGAUCCUAGGGAUCCUGGUCGAACAUACGAGACAGGAGAUGUUGUUAGAGUCGCAAUACUUGAGAUAAAAUCGAGUGCAGAUAGUUUUCUAGCCGGUAUGCUUACCGAGUCUCUACCCCCUGACCUCCAGAACAUUGUCAAACUUGGACUCGUCGCAGAUUCUGACCUCCCAUCGAUCCUCCGUAGUUCGAGACAGGCCCUGGAAGGAGGAUACCUGUAUGAAGAGUUUGUUGAGAAAGGAGUCGGUUUCAUCAAUCCUAGUAAUGUGAUGCAUCUCUGCUCCGAGCUUGGUCUAGAGCCAACCACAACCAGUCUCAUGCCAGACCUGGAUGGAAAUUACCCAGCAAAACAUUACGCAACAGCAAUGCGGAAAGCCCAGAACAGCAAGUGGGCCUUCAAGCACGUCCAUCUUGGGAUCAAGCACUUUAAGGAGAACAACAAGAUUGAAGCUUUCCAGUGCCUCAACCAAGCUCUUAACAUAGAUCCACAGAACGUGGAAGGACUAGUAGCGCGAGGUGCGCUGUACGCUAACAAUAACGGAUUGGAGCGAGCUAUUGAAGAUUUUGAAGCUGCGCUCAAGAUAAACAGUUCUCAUCAGAACGCCAAGAAGUAUUUGUGCGAAACUUUGAUAGCUGUUGGUCGCAAUCAUGAGGAUGAUAAAAAUUUCAUCCUGGCUUUAGAGACAUACGAAAGGAUUGUAAGACUGGAUCCUCUACAUAAAGAUGCCAAGGACUCUAUAUACUACCUGAAAGGACGUCCUCUAGAUGUGCCAGUGGAGGCCGGAGUGUCUAAUAUACCUGGGUUGGACUCCGACAAGGCGCUAAUUAGUAAGGAUAAGCUCAAGUUUAUGCUGGAGGAGGAGAGGGGUAGUUCAAGGAAGGAAAAGAGACGGAAAGAGUCUGCGAGUAGUUUUGAGGAUUCCGAGGAUGAGAGACAGAAGUCUAAGAAGAGAAGGAAGGAAAGGCGGUCUCGUUCCAGUUCUUUGUCUCCACUGAGCCGGCGUUCAGGUCCCCAGAACAUCAGAGCUAUCUCUCCCUUCGCUUCCAAGCUGAACCCGGAGGAAGGAAUGAACCGUCCCGCGGAGUUUGGAGGGUUGAUAAAGGACGAUCUCUACUCUAAUCCUGGUCCGGACUUAGACAGGAUGCCAGUUUCAGGCCUAGAUAGAAGAAGCCCAGGAUUAGACGGUAGCAGUGGUAUAUCUAUACCAACUUUAAACGCUGUCAUGCCAAUACAAUCCUUGGUUAUGUCUCAGCCUCCUCCUGUAUACGGAGUACCUCCAGGAUAUCCUGGAUAUCCUCCCCCUGUUCAUCCUCAUGGGUAUCCUCCUCACAGAACACAGGCGGAUGCAGACUACGAUGAUAAGGUUAAAUGGUUUCUAGAGCAGACUAAUAAUGUUCCACCGAGACAUGAUUACGGAUCAAGAAUGGAUAGACAUCGUGAUCCAAGGGACAGACAUGAUCAUAGAAGUCGAGGAGCAGAUGAUCGUAGUAGAGGAAGAAGUGAUAGCAGGGAACGCGCAAGAAGUGAUAAUCGGAUGAGAAGAGACAGUCUGGGUCGGGGAGACAGUCGCGCAAGAGCGGACAGCCGGGGUGACAUUCGUGUGAGGGUAGACAGUCACGUGAGAGCGGAGAGCCGGGGAGAAAGUCGAGGAAGGGGAAGAAGUAGGAGCGGAGGAAGGAGUAGGAGUAGGGAUGGAAGAACUAGGGAUCCCUACAGUUCUAGUCGAGAUAGAAACAAUAGGAACGGAUUUUGGCGAGCAGCUCAUAUAAUUCGUAAAAUAAAUACUGUUUAAAAA